AUGACCGCGCGAAGCAUCGCCAAGCUCACUGUCCUCAACUACCAGCUCCAACGCCGCUCUUCUACGCAGUCGACUCGCCCGCUGGUUGUGCCGGUUCUGCAGCUUCCGACGCCUUCUAGGAGUCCGGAUCAGACCGACGAGCUUCACGAAGUAGAUGUCGUUGUCGCUGUGGAGUCCGUGGAAGUCGUUGGGGAAGGAUCUGUCGUCGUGGCUGGUUCUGCUGACGCUGAAUCUGUCGUUGUGGCAGGCUCUGCCGACGCUGUAUCUGUGGUUGUCGCAGGGGUUGCCGACGCUGGAUCGGUUGUUGUGGCUGGUGCUGCCGACGUUGAAUCGGUUGUUGUGGCUGGUGCUGCCGACGGUGAAUCGGUUGUUGUGGCUGGUGCUGCCGACGGUGAAUCGGUUGUCGUGGCUGGUGCUGCCGACGCCGGAUCGGUUGUCGUGGCUGGUGCUGCCGACGCUGAGUCGGUUGUCGUGGCUGGUUCUGCCGUCGCUGUACUUGUCGUCGUAGCCGCUGAGUCUGUCGUAGCAGCCGGUACAUCCGUCGAAGAAGCAGUUGUAGAUCCUGGCGCAGGAGAGGUGCUCGGGCCGAAUGUUACCGUGUUUUCUGCAGAAGAAGUCGUUGCAGUAGCGAUGCCGAGUGAUGCCGAGCUUGUGCCGACAUUCGCGUUGGCGCUUGCGGGACUCGUACUCGAGUCCGAGGUUGCUGUAGGCGGGCUCGACGAGAGUGUCGUUUCGGUAGCUGGGCUCGAGCUGGAGCUGGUAGACUCCGUAUUCGGGUCAGUGGCGGUCGCAGAGGGGUCAGCCGAUGCAGGUCGGCCAGUCACCGAUGGACCAGAUGACGCUGGUGUGCCAUCAGUGGAGGUGAACGGACCGCCGUCUGUGGUGCCAUUACUCUGGGGCGGAAGCGUUGUGAAUGUUGUGUUGCUUGAGGCCGGGACCAUGGUAAUCGUUGUCGGAGACGAGUCUGUCGUAACUGUGGUUGGAGAUGUCGAAGUGAUUGUAUCACUGGUGUUCGUUGGCGAAGCCGUGGAGAAUGCUUCUGUGGUUGUCUCACUCGAGCCUGCGGGACUGGGGGUCGCGCCCGAUGCUGUUGAAUUCGCAGCGGUAGCUGUUGCGUUGACGAGGAAGACUGAGGAGGUGUUAUUUGUGGAGCUCGUCGCAGUAGGGCUUGGGGAUACGUCGGUCGAGGUAGAGUUUGAGAUGACUGUGCUUGUAUCAUCAGACGAAGCCGUGGAGGCAGCAUCUACCGUCGAAUUUCCGAAAGACGUCGUGUUGUUUCCGCUUGACGUGGAGGUCGCUUCCGACAGGGUAGCUUCUGCCGAAGUAGUCGUGGCAUUGGACAAUGUAUCUGAUGACGCCGAUGUCGGCGAAGACGACGAAGCAUUGCCAUUUGUAUCGGAGGCCGUUUCUGUCGGAUCAGUCGUCGCAUUCGACGCGACUGUUGAUGGAGUCGUUGUGGGCGACACGAAUGUAGCAUUAACUUCCACGGUCGAGCUGGUUCCCGCCGGCAGACUUGUCGUGUUGAACGCCGUUGCUGACGAGGCCGGAGUGGAGGAUGUGACCGUGGCAUUACCAUCUGUGGCUGAGCUGCUUUGUGCCAAAGAAUUUGUUGCAUUUGCGACCACAUUUGAUGACGCUGUACUUGAUGCAGUACUUGCGAGACUUGCAUCUGUACUUGACGUAACUAAGGUUGACGAAGUAGUCGUAUUUGACCCCACAAUCGAUGGAGCUGUUGUAGACGAAGCGAAUGUUGUUGCAUUCACAAUGACGGCGUCCGUUGUGCUGACAACAGACGUGGGCGAUGAUGAUUCUGUGGUAGUGUUGUUGAACACUACUGUUGAGGAAGAUAUGGUCGUGUUCGUCUCACUGACCGUCGUCGACGCUGAAGCGAGAGUCGGAGAUACACUGGUCGCCGUAGUCGUCGAAUUCACAAAGUCCAUCGACGAGGAAGUCGAGGGCGCAGAAGGCGUGAGCGACGAGGAAGCAUCUCUAGAUGAUCGCGAGACCGUGCUAGUUGUGUUCUGGAAUGCAGUCGCCGAAGUGAAAAACGAUGUACUCGGAUUAUCGGACGUCGUGAGACUUGCGACGGUCGAUUGA